CUGAUUAUACGUCGUGAUUCACUAAUAUUCCCAUACACGACUAGCCUCAACUUCUCGAAAUCUUAUCGUCUUCGCGUUGUCUUGAUUUGACCUUUUCCCAGUGUGGUUGAGUUUCAGUUCUCCGUAUUAUUCAGUGUAGUUGUAGUUCGUUUAUAAUCACUGCGUAAAUUGACAUAAUUCAGUGUGAGAUGGGUUGUGCGAGGACAAGUCUCGCCUUUCUGGUGGUUCUGACCUUCGUGGGAUUUCACGAAUGUGGGCGCUUCGGCGGAGGUAGAAGCGGUGGGUUUGGCAGGAGUAGUACUCGCGUUUCCUCGCCAUCCUAUCACCGACCGUCGUACCAUGCUCCGGCUCCUUCGUAUCAUCCCCCGUCGUACUCUUCCCCCGGUUUUUCGUCAUAUAACCGUGCGCGCCCCAGUCCACCCCCUCGUCAUCAAACCGCGCGUCCGAGUCCUCCAGCAUAUGAAGCACCCGCACGAGUCGCCACAUCGCGACCCGUCCAGUCACACCGACCCGCAGGGGUGACAACUUCCAGACCGUACUAUCGCCCAGCUUCCACUUCACGGACACAUUUCCAACCCGCAGGACCCACUUCAAGACCCGGCGGCUAUCAUUCGGGUACUACCAGACGCCCUGUGCAUGUCGGUACCACCCCAAGACGCCAUUUCACCACGGCUAGACCCGUUGGAUUUAAUAAUCUACCACCGAGACCGGGCAGCGGGCCCAUUGGACCACCACGAACUGGCUAUAACACCUAUUCGGGCUCGCAACAGACAUACAAAUACAAAGUAGUGAACAAAUACAACUACCAUUAUCCCGGGUACUACUCAAUCCCGGUGGCGCACCACUACCCCGGGUACUUCUACACCCCCAGCUACUAUCACUACAGUAGCGGCGACACGGGUAGUACCGCGUUAGGUUUUUUCCUAGGCUACGGACUAGGCAGACUGACGACGCCGACGUAUUCGCACUAUUCGUUCUACGAUGGAUACAGGCCGCGGUACGACCAUUACACAGUCCACCACUACUACCACAACAGAGAGUCGGUACCACAGCAACAAGAAAUUCGGGCUAACACCAUCGUGGGUUGCGUAGGCGACGCUAGUACUAUAUGUCCAGGCAACACCACAUCCCUUUGCACUUCCGACGGCGCUCUGAUGUGUGUCGCCAGCGCCGUUUCGACAGUACCAUGUUCCGAUAAUCGUCAAGUCAACUGUGUUACAAGUACCAUCAGUUGUGUUAAUAACACGGCACCGGAGUGCAAGAACGCCAAUCAGGGUACCACCACUAUAAGCAUACCGUGCGUUUCGAAGGCUGAUGUUUACGGGGAUUUGAAAACCGUCAAUAACACGAUUAUUCCAGCAAAUGCUACUCUUUUACCGACUAGUACCGUGAAUGGUACGAACACCACAGCCGUAAACAGUACCAAUAGUACAGUCAAUGAUAACUUCACGUUGAUUACGCAAUAUACUCAAGCUCCUGUUGUUACAACGACGCCGGUACCACAAACGCAGCGCAAAAAACGAGAAGUCGCUCAAAAUUACUGUGUAACAGUACUUGCGUUACCGGCGAAGAGAGAAAAGACAGAAGGAGAGGAAUUUUUAGGCGAUGCUAAAUUUAUAGCGGAGCAGUUUUUGGAAAGUGUAUGGGAUUUGUGAUACGAUUUUUUAUUUGUUAUCAGUUUUGUAACCUUAAAGGCAGUGAUAACCUUCUGACUCUUGGAAUAAAUUACGAAGAAAUUUGUUUCAAGGGUGUUUGCUAGUUUGCUCGUAAGAUUGAAAUAAUUAGUACUGGUACUACUUUGUAUAUAUUGAUAAAUAAAAGUUUGAACAAAA